UAUUCAACUAAAUGUAAUGGGUAGUUGGCGUUGAUAAUUAGUGGUGCAAAACUGUAAAGCACUGGAAUUGUAUUCUUUUUUAUUGCAUUCCGUGUCAGCUAAACACAUAGCAUCUAAUAGUUUUAGCUUAGUAUCAGUGUGGUCAGAAGCUUUCUGCAUAUACAUACAUGUUACUGUAAGAAAAGAAAGGAAAAAGAGUACGAAAAUGGAUGUAGAAAAACAUGAAUCGUGCCCUCAAACACCUAAUGCAACUCGGAAAAUUACUUGUGAAUCAAAAAUUAGAUUCAGCAGAAAGGAAUUUCUUAUGGAGAUGAAGCAGCAGCUUCUGUUAGCAGGACCUCUAAUAUCAGUAUUCUUCUGUUUGGGGUUUAUACAGAUGAUUUGCUUAAUUUUUGUUGGUCAUCUUGGAGAGCUUGCUCUUUCGGGUGCUUCAAUUGCCACUUCCUUUGCUUCAAUGGCAGGCUACACCUUGUUGAGAGGAAUGGGAAGUGCGUUAGAGACUUUCUCCGGUCAGUCUUAUGGAGCAAAACAGUAUCACUUGCUUGGCGUACAUUUACAGAGGGGAAUGCUUGUACUUCUUGUCAUGAGCAUCCCAAUAGGAAUUUUAUUUGCCUUUUCUGCUGACAUUCUCAAAUUUGCCAGACAGAAUCCUGAAAUUGCAGAUGAGGCUGGAAAAUAUGCUCGUUUCCUAUUACCUGGAUUUUCCGGUAUUUCAAUCCUGGAAUGUCAUAUCAGAUUCUUACAAACACAAAGUAAAGUAGUUGCCGUGAUGAUUAGUGCAGGAAUUGCUACAGCACUCCAUAUCCCCAUUUGCUGGCUUCUAGUUUUUAAAUCUGAAUUGAGAAAUAGGGGAGCUGCAUUAGCAAACACUAUUUCUUACUGGAUCAUAUCGUUGCUGCUAAUAGCUUAUGUCAGGUUAUCUCCAUCAUUUAAGGAAACUUGGACAGGUUUUUCAAAGGAAGCGUUACAUGGAAUUCCCAAGUUUCUAAAAUUGGCAAUUCCUGCAACCAUAAUGCUUAGCUUGGAAGUGUGGUCACUUGAGAUAGUUGUUCUGUUAUCUGGUCUUCUUCCAAACCCAAAACUGGAAGCAUCAGUCCUGUCAAUCAGCUUUAACAUGCACAUGAUGACUUACAUGAUACAGUUUGGCCUCAGUGGUGCUGUAAGUACAAGGGUUUCAAAUGAAUUGGGUGCUGGGCGACCGCAAUCAGCGCGUCUAGCAGUAUAUGCUGUGGUGAUAAUGGUUAUAGCAGAAGGCAUUCUUGUUGCUACUAUCAUGGUCUCAGGUCAAAAGGUUUGGGGCUACUUGUUUAGCAAGGAAAGAAGAGUGGUAAAUUAUGUAGGAGAAAUGAUGCCACCGCUUGCUGUGUCCCACUUGAUCAAUGGUUUUCAAACUGUGCUUUCAGGGACUUGCAGAGGAUGUGGGUUGCAAAAGGUUGGGGCAUAUGUUAAUUUGGGAGCUUAUUACCUAGUUGGAAUUCCUUGUGCUGUAGUAUUAGGUUUUGUAUACCAUAUUGGAGGGAAGGGUCUCUGGAUUGGAAUUACAGUGGCAAUGUUUGUGCAAGCAACUUCUCUUUCAAUCAUAAUUUUUUACAUUGACUGGGAGAAACAAGCAAGGCAAGCUAAGGAUAGGGUAGGUAGUGCAAUGGUCAUCAGAGAUGCUGAUGCAUUGUCAUAGAAUAUGACAAAUAUAAAACAACUUCAUUGUUGAAAUAAAAUUCUCAAGAAUCUCAAUUUUGGAUCAUUGAAACAAAGAAUGUAACAGGAGAAAAACCAUGCACAAGAAUAUUGUUAAUGCUGUUGAAUCAAAUUCCCAUGAAUAUCACUCUUGUACAGUUGAAAUACAAAAAUGACAGGAGAACUUUCUUUUAGCUAAA